AUGGAUUUUCUGUUUGGAUUACCCCGUACAUCUAGAGGAUAUGAUGGUAUAUGGGUAAUAGUAGAUAGACUCACCAAGACAGUGCGGUUUAUACCGAUUAAAGUGAUGUCUACACUAGAUCAGCUAGCUAAGUUAUACGUCGACAGGAUUUUUAAGGGAAAUUGGGAUACCCACUCAUCACUUAUGGAGUUCGCUUAUAAUAACAGCUACCAGUCUAGUAUGGGCAUGGCACCAUUUGAGGCUUUGUAUGGCAGACCAUGCAGGACUCCUGUGUGCUGGAACGAAGUGGGAGAACGAAAGCUAGUUGGUCCUGAGUUAGUACAAGUUACGUCAGACAAUAUUAAGCUGAUUAGGGAAAAUCUAAAAAUAGCUCAGGAUCGACAGAAGAGCUAUGCAGAUAAGCGACGAAGAGACUUAGAGUUCCAGAUUGGAGAACAAGUUUUCUUACAGUUAUCUCCGUGUAGGGGUGUUCUUCGUUUUGGGAGGAAAUAUCCAUCACAUGUGUUGCAAGUACAACCAAUUGAACUAAAAGAUGACUUGAUUUAUAGAGAUGAAGCAAUUCAAAUCCUCGACAGGAAGGAGCAAGUUUUGAGGAAUAAAAUGAUCCGGCUCGUGAAAGUUCUUUGGAGACAUCAUGGAAUAGAGGAGGCAACAUGGGAAUCAGAAGAUCAAAUGAGGAGGAGUUACCCGACACUCUUCACCUAA